AUGACUAUCUCAACUAAAGACCUAGAAAUUGCCGAACGGGAAAUUGCUGAAGAGCAGCAAUUAAAAGAAAGCCUUAAUAACGAAGAGUUCAAAAUCUGGAAGAAAACGGUUCCUUUACUUUAUGAUACCAUACAUACACAAGCUCUAGACUUUCCAUCAUUAUCAGUUCAGUGGCUACCCGACUACACUGUAUCGGACAAUAAGAAUGAAAUAACUGUGAGGUUUUUGUUUGGCACGAAUACGUCGGGCUACUCUCAAGAUUAUUUGAAAUUAGGCUCAUUAAAAUUGCCCAGUACUCUAGCGUCGGAUUUUCCAAAGUUCUCACCAAACACCCAAAGUAUCCCUCUCCCUUUCCCUAACGAUAAAGAAGAGGGUGGAUUCCAGCUAUUAUCUACCUGGAGGCAUGACGGUGAGAUAAACAGCAUAAGGCUUUCUCCUAAUUAUAACAAUGUCAUUACAUUUGAUAAUCAAGGUAUUGUUCACCUAUUCGAUCUACAAUCUAAAGAUUCCGUUGAAUUUGCUUAUCAUAAAUUAGAAGGUUACGCAUUGGAAUGGAUCGAUGACCACCAGUUUUUAUCUGGUUCGAACGAUUCUCAGAUUGCACUUUGGGAAGUUUCAAAACCAUCUACACCGAUGCAACUAUUCAAGUCACAUAAUGCAGUUGUUAGCGACUUAUCCUAUAACUCAGUGGCAAAGAAUAUUUUUGGGUCUGUCGCUGAUGAUCAUACGACUCAAUUUCAUGAUUUAAGGAGCCUCAGAUCAGAAGAUAAUCCAGCCAUCACUGUUCAAAAUAAACAUAUCCAAAACGCUAUUUCCUUCCACCCUGAAAUAGAUACAUUGUUUUCUACUGCAGGGAAAGAUAAUGUCGUCUCACUUUUCGAUUUGCGUAAUCCAAAAGUUCCAUUCCGUAAGCUCUUUGGGCAUAAUGACAGUGUCAGUGGACUCAAAUGGAAUAUUACCGAUCCCAGUCAAUUAGUAUCUUGGAGCUUAGAUAAGAGGGUUAUAAUUUGGGAUUUGAAUAAACUCGACGAGGAUUUUUCGUACCCUAACCCUAUGGAAAAUAACAAGAAAUCAACUAAAGCAGAUCCCUGUUUAUAUUUUAUACAUGGGGGCCAUACCCAAAGAAUUAAUGAUUUUGAUGUGCAUCCGAAGAUACAGAAUUUAUUUGCUACUGUGGGUGAUGACCAGUUGUUUGAGAUAUGGAAGCCCAAAACUAUUAUACCAGAAGAAGACGAGGAUAUGGAAGAUGUUGAAGAUGAUCAAAACGAUCAAAUGAGCCCAGCCCCUAACAAUGAUAUAGCAACUACUAAUGAUCACAAAGAUUCAGGUGACAGUGAAAGGGAUGCUAAGUGA